AUGAAGAUCGCCGUGGAGGGGUGCUGCCACGGCGAGCUCGACAAGAUCUACGCCGCGAUGAAACACCUGGAGCGCGCGGAGGGGAUCGUCAUCGACCUGCUGAUAUGCUGCGGCGAUUUCCAAGCGAUCCGGAACGUCGACGACGUCGAGUGCAUGUCCGUGCCGAACAAGUACAAGGAGCUUGGGACGUUCCACUCGUACUACAGCGGCGCGAAAGUCGCGCCGUACCCGACGCUGUUCAUCGGCGGGAACCACGAGGCGUCGAACUACCUCUGGGAGCUGUACCACGGAGGGUACGUCGCCCCGAACGUGUAUUACAUGGGGCACGCGGGGGUGAUUAAUUUCGGAGAUUUGCGCGUCGGCGGACUCAGCGGCAUCUUCAAGGGCGGGGACUACAGGAAAGGGCACCACGAGCGCGCGCCGUACGCCGGACACGACGUGAAGACCGCGUACCACGUCCGCGAGUUCGACGUCCAGCGGCUCGCCAUGCUGAAGGAGCACGUGGACGUCUUCCUGUCGCACGAUUGGCCCAGAGGCGUCGCGCGGCACGGAGAGAUGGACGACUUGAUUCGCAAAAAGAAGUUUCUCGCCGACGAGCUCCGAUCGAACACGUUGGGGUCGCCGCCCGGGGAGACGCUGCUUCACGCGCUCAAACCGUCGUAUUGGUUCAGCGCGCAUCUGCACGUCAAGUUCGCGGCGAUGGUGCGUCACCACGGCGGCGGGGUCACGAAGUUUCUCGCGCUGGAUAAGUGCCUGCCGCGUCGCGACUUCAUGCAAAUCGUGGACCUGCCGGAGAAAGACGCGAGCGGCGGAUUUCGUCUCGACCCCGAGUGGCUGUCGAUCGUGAAAGCGAACCAUUUGGCGCAGUCGCUGACGACUCGA